UGGGCGGGAACGGAGCGCGGCGGCCCCGCCCAGGCCAGCCCGGGUGGGGGACAGUCCCCCCAUAAGGACCGCUUGGUGAGCCCGGCCAGGCGAGGACGCACGGCCAGGAGGAAGGAGCGCGAGUCCCGGGCAGGGAAGGUUUCGAGACCCGGGCCGCGCCCCGAGGUCGCCACGUCGAGCCCCGCAAGGUCCCGCCCGAGGUCCCCUGCGCCCCGCCUCGCCGCCGCCCCGCGGGGAGCCCCAGGUGUCUUCUUGCCGCGGGGAAACGACACCCGAAAUUAAAACCGGGGAAGCCCGCAGCCUUCCGCCUUCUCCAGCCAGCUCGAGUGACUUAGAUCGGGUGAACUUUAACAUUAAAAGAGAGAUUAUCUUACAGCGCGGCUCGCUUUAGGACGGCGAGUUGCCUCUGAACAGGCGACUGAAGUCGGGUCACCCGAGGCAGCGACGUCCAGGCUGUCGCCCAAUCGCGCUGCGGCUCUGGAGGGGCAGAGUCUGUACAGACCGGCGCUCCCUGAUCCUUUAUGAGAGCUGUUCCCUUCCAGGUCCUCAACAAAGACCCCCUCGUUGGGGGUCUCAAGUCCAGUCCCUUAGCGCCAGUGUUUUAUAAAUGACAUUUUCGAACUAUUUGAAGGUCCACUUUAAGAUUUAUUCCUCUGCGAUGGAGAAGUAUGAGAAAAUUAGAAAAAUUGGAGAAGGAUCCUAUGGAGAUGUUUUCAAAUGUAGGAACAGGGACACGGGUCAGAUUGUGGCCAUAAAGAGGUUUCUGGAAUCCGAAGAUGACCCGGUCAUAAAGAAGAUCGCCCACCGGGAAAUCCGCAUGCUCAAGCGACUCAAGCACCCCAACCUGGUCACCCUCCUGGAGGUCUUCAGGAGGAAGCGGAGGCUCCACCUGGUGUUUGAAUAUUGUGACCGUACAGUUCUCCACGAAUUGGACAGAUACCAACAAGGGGUACCAGAACAUCUUGUGAAGAGCAUAACUUGGCAGACGCUGCAAGCUGUAAACUUUUGCCACAAACACAAUUGUAUACAUAGAGAUGUAAAGCCAGAAAAUAUUCUCAUCACAAAACAUUCAGUGAUUAAGCUUUGCGACUUUGGAUUUGCCCGGCUUUUGACUGGACCAAGUGACUGCUACACAGACUACGUGGCUACCAGGUGGUACCGCUCCCCGGAACUGCUGGUGGGUGACACACAGUAUGGUCCCCCAGUAGAUGUUUGGGCAAUUGGCUGUGUCUUUGCUGAGCUGCUAUCAGGAGCGCCUCUGUGGCCAGGAAAAUCAGAUGUGGACCAGCUCUAUCUGAUUAGGAAAACCCUGGGAGAUCUCAUCCCUAGACACCAGCAAGUAUUUAGCACAAAUCAGUACUUCAGUGGGGUGAAAAUUCCAGAUCCUGAAGACAUGGAACCACUUGAAUUAAAAUUUCCAAACUUCUCUUAUCCUGCCCUGGGGCUCUUAAAGAGCUGCCUCCACAUGGACCCUGCUGAGAGACUGGCCUGUGAACAGCUGCUGAAGCACCCUUAUUUUGACAGCAUCAGAGAAAUAGGAGAUUGGGCAAAAGAGUACGACAAACCAACACGGAAGACCCUAAAAUACAGCCAAAAGCACCUGCCUGGGGUAAAAAUGAUGCACUGUUUUACAGAAACAUCCAAGGUGACACACCUCCCGCAGCUAACUAGCAGCAGCAUCCUUCCAGCUUUGAAUGACAAGAAGUACUACUCUCAUACCAAGAAACUUAACUACCGUUUUCCAAACAUUUAAGGAGCUAGGGGAUUGAUGAUAAAAAAAUUGAUGGACAAUUUGAAGAAAAUAAAACUUAUACAUUUGAUUGAAAACAAUUACAAUGUUGAAAACACACCCAGGAGAAAACAUAAGCCAGUAAUUGGGAGGCCACUUGGCCAGAUAUGAAGGGAAAUUCCAGAUUCAGACUUGCAGGCUUAAUGGUGUCCAGAAAAGAAAGGAAAAACCUGUUUGGAGUUUCACUUGUCUUUUUGUUUCUGUGAGCAGUUGAGCUGAGGGACAGAAGAUAAACUGAAUCUACUCAUGCCUCUGGGAAAAUGAGAUGAUUUCGUAAAGAUUUACGUUUCAGUUCUUCCACAUGUCACAUGUGAAAAACGAGUUACAAAACACCCACGUGUAUUUCCUUGGGUCUGUUACCUGGAGUCCUGUAUUUCCAGCCUUUCAGAUUGUUUCAACCUCAUAUUUGAAGUGUUUUAGUUCUUGAAAUCAAGAUGUUUAAAAUUCCAUUUCCUGCUUGCUCUAUCUCUUGAUUUUUAUAUUUUAAAAUAUUUUUUGAAUAUUUAAAUUCAAAAUAUUUAAAAUUAUGAAUUACCAUAAAGGCUUUGUAAUUUAUAUGCUUAUAUAUUUCUUACACACUAAGAAUGCAUUUCAGUGUCUUCUGCAGGCAAGAUGGAUUUACUGUAUUAUCAACAUUUGUUCGCUCAAUUCCCCUUGCAAACAAUGGCACGAAGCUUGGCAGCUGACUAGAACAAGAUCUACAGGCUUUGCAGGAACUGAAUCUGUUAGCCCGAAAAUAAUCAGUACUUCAUUCUCUCCAGCUCAGCCUCAGCCACAGAUCUAUAGGGCAGAAACUGUAUAUAGUGAUCUUCUAGGUUUUAGAAGAAAGUGCUUGUGAGCUUUUACUUGGGUUGUGAGAGGCAUGAGGUUGUAAACCAGUUUUGUCUUGAAACAUCUUUUUAUACUAUGUGUGUACAUACACAUAUACAUAUGAGGUUGGACGAUUAAGUUGCACUCAUUUUCCUCCUGAGUUAAUUUUCUUUACUACAUGUUUGGGCCUAUCCUCUUAUUGCUAAGUAACCUACUAAAUUCUUGCAUCUAUUCAAUAAUUAUGAAUACCCAGGCAAUUUAAUGAUAUCCUAAGGCUUCUUAAGGUAUGUGGCUUCCUGCAUAGACCUGAUGGUGUGUUAAAUAAAAGCCUCAAUAUUAUUCAAUUCCUGUUAGGGAGCCUUGAUUCAAAUGACAAGGCAGGAUAUAUAACUUCUGUGAAUAGUUACAAUUUUGUUUUUGUUUUUUU